AUGGUAGGAAGUAAGAUUGGCUAUGAAGAAAACUGGAAAAAUGAUGUUCUCAGGGUUGAUUAUGACGAUGAGGACAAUGCAAACUUUGACGUUAUGGAGAUUAUGACAGCGCUUGUUGCGGUGGUACCGACAUCGAAAACGCGGGGAUUUCGACAAAACAUUACACUGCUGUUACAUAAAAUACAAAAUGACAAGCAAGUCUAG